GUCUUUUGACGGUGGUUCCUCUGACUAUGCAUCGCACCCAGCUGCCACCACCCCACCACGAUCCUCAGCAUUCUCAACCAGCGUCCUGCGUACAACGACCCCUUCGAUAACGCAAAACGAAGUCUCCCUUGGAAGCAAGAAUGUCGUUCCCAACACGGUCCCUCUCGACUCGGCUCCCCGGGGCGGGGUCGCAUAAUGCUUCAGCAGGCCCGUCGCCCAUGCUGGUUGCGCGUAUCGCCGAGAAGAAGGCUGAGCUGGAGCACCUGAAGGAGCUUCGCGACCUCAGCGCCGCUGUUGCAGGCCAGAUGGAGGCUCUGGAGCAGAAAUUAGCUACUCUUUCGGACGGAACAGAAGCGAUUGCCAUGGUCGUUGGCAAUUGGCAUAACGUGCUGCGUGCCAUCAACAUGGCUUCCGCCCACCUCACCAAGCCGCAAGGAGAAGAACCGUUGGAACCGGAAGGCGCCAGCCUUCCUCUCCCUCAAACACUGGUUCGCAUUCCGACGGAGCAUGCCCCAACGCUGCAAGCGCAGACCGAAACCAUGGCGGAGUCCGCAGAGAACAGCAUGGCUACUCCAUGAUGGAUGGGUUUGGAAGACAGCAUGCGACCGAAAAGCAACAUGUCUCACAUCACGACGGACGGCGCACGUACGGCUGCGUCGUAUUGUCUACCAC